GCAGUUUUCAAAAUGACACGCUUUUGUGCCUUCUCUUGCACUCAAAACAGCUUACCCACAUCAGUUUGGAGUCCUGCAAUGUCUCUACAAGUGUACUUAAAGCUAUCAGUGAACUCCGCAACCUUGAGGUUCUAAAUCUCGCCAUGUGUACUGGUGUCACAAUCACUGGAAUGAGUUCCUUAGUGAAAGGUGGAAAAAACCACAGACUCAAGCAGUUGAACUUAUCAUGGACAAACCUAACUAAGGCAACAAUUUUACAGAUUAUAAAAAAUUUACCAAAGCUUCAACAACUUAACCUCAGUGGAUGUAGAGAAACUCUCACAGAUGACUGUAUCAAACAGCUUGUCAAAUCAUGUCCUCAUUUGACACAUUUAGACCUCAGUGAUGGAGUUUUGUUAACUGCAAGGUCUUUAGAUGAAAUUAUCAAACUAAAGCACUUGGUUCAUCUAGGCCUUAGCCGAUGUUACAACAUCCCGCCAAUGGCUUUCAGUUCCUUCUCACAGAUGAAAUCUCUCAAAACACUACAGAUCUUUGGUCUUCUUAACACAGAGGGAAUUGAGGUCUUAAGGGCAGAAAUUCCAAACAUCACUGUGAACAAGUCAUUUUUCUCAAUGAUUGCCAGGCCAGUUGGAUCUGUGUACUAUGGAACAAUCUGGGGUGUGCAAUGCAAAGGAUAGAUCUUCAAAAUCUCCCUACUAAUGUUCUGGUUUUCUUAAUAGUUACCCUUAGAAGAAUUUACCUUUACUUCAAAAUGUUUUGGUUUUGUUCAAAACAAAAGUUAGAGAGGCAAAAAAUUAAUCCCUGUUUUAAUGUACAGUUUUAAGAAAAUGUUUUGGGCUUUGCUUCUCAAUUAAAAAAAAAAAUCAAAGCAAUCAGGUUUUAAUUUGAGGUAUUUAAAGAAAACAGACCUCACAAUUGUUAUUGAAAGUAGUUAUUUGCAAUUUAAUAUAAAAGGAUUUGUGUACAUCAUUAUAUUGUAAGAACAAACAUUUUAGAAAUUUGUAAAAAUAUUACAUGCAAUGGAUAUUACAAGAGAAAUGGUUAUUUUUUUGAAAUGAAAAUUUUUCCACAUCUUUUAUAGUCAGUGAUGAAGCUUGGAAGAUUAUUUUUUAAAACAAUUAAUUUUUUACAUCAUUCCUUUAAAUUUCCCACUAUGGCCAUCCCAAAAAACUUCAUUGCAGGUUAGUUUUGGAAUCCCAUACUUAUUUAAUAUAAUUUUGUUUGCCUAUUAUUCACAUAAGCUUCAAUGCAGAUGCUCUUUGGGCUCAUCAUGCAAUCUUCCUGAAAGAUUGCAUAAUGAGGCCAAAGGGCGUCUGUGUAUGAGGCUAACCAUUCAUACUGAAAUAAUAAAAAAAAACCUCUAGCAAUUUAUUGUUUCAUCACAAACAGCUCCUACAUGUAACAAAGAGACAUCUGAAAGUCCCAUUUUGGUGUGCAUGUACUGUCCAAACAAACAUGUCAUCACAGGAAGGUGUCAAAAAUAUGCAUUUCAAAUAUCUUUAUUGAACAGCAAAAUGUUCCAUGCUUGCUAAGUUAUAAAUAAAUACAAUCACAAACAUUUUACAAUUAUAUCACUUGGUGUUCUGUAAGGUUUUUAAUCCACUUAAAACAAAGUUACUUACAGUUUAACUAUUAACUACAAGUGAUCAUGUUACUGUUAGUGGUAAAAAGUUAUCAAGAUGACGUUCAUUUCUAACCUUGUCAAAAGAAGUUGAAUUAAUACAAACACAUUAAAACAGUCAACUGUUACAUCUCAAAUUUAACAAUGCAUUGUCGUUCCUGCUUACUGCUACAAAUGCCGCUAAACAAAUCAUAGAUUAGACUAAUGCAAAAUUUACAACUCAUGUCCAGGGGUUUAAUUAAGGGCUGGGCACUGGGCAACUUGAUCCACUGUGCGGCCGAUUUUGCCCACCUGGUUUGACCAUCUGGAGGAAAGUUCUUCUUUUAAAGAAGUUCAGUUCAAAACGUUUUGCCCAUCAGUGAAAACCAGUUUACCCUUGUGGUAAAAAUGUUAAUGAAACCCCUGCAUGUCUACAUGUGCUUUGACAAUAACUACCUAUUUGUCCAGUAUACAAGGACAUUUUUAACCACUUUUAUGUAUCAGAAGGGAUGCAAAGGAACAGGAAAAACCUUACAGGGGGACAAAUAAAUCCCAAAACAACAAUUCACUUUAGUCAUGUUAAUCAGGUUCACCUAAAUUGAAAAAAAAAUUGACAGUAGCGCUUAUAUACAUUUUCAGUUAUUUCUUUGUUGUCCAUACAGCAAAAGUUCACUAAACCUUAGGUAACAGAUGUUAUUUCAUAAAUAGUUAUCAAAUGUUUAAUUAGCCAAGUGAAGUUACAUUUAAAAAUGUUAUUACCAGUAAGAAGUACCAACCCUCUCUACAUAUUAAUUAAAGUUUUGCCCUUUUGUAACCAAGCUCAUUAGAAUAUCAAUUCUCCUUACUGAAUACUAUAACACUUCUUGUCACACUACUUAUGAGAAUUUGUUGCUGCAUCAAAAUCAUAGAAUUUGCUGUAUUUAUAUCCUGAUAAUUCAAUGGUUAUCUUCAUUGUAAUUACCUUUUUGCUUGGCAAUUUGUUUAUGUUGCAAAGAGAAAUUAGAUCUAAAUAACUCUCAGGAAUUACAUGUUCAUGUCAAAUUCCUUGUGUUAUAAGUCAUCAAAAAUGUUCUUUGGUGCUCGACUAGAGGGUGAUGAUAUUCCAUACCCAGAAGUUGCAUUAUAACUUGACGAUAAACUAUUGGCAUCAUAGUCAGCAGCGGACAACAACUCAACACGAUCACUUUCAGUGUCGAACCUAGAAUACUUUGCAUACUUCCCAUCAGACCCUGUAAGGUUUGUCAAAGAUGUUGCAUUGUCAUUGAUUGAGAGUCCGCGUCCUUCACGCUCAGCCUUGCGAGCUGAAAGCUUUCUUUUUGCUGACUCGGCCCUUUCUGACCAAGAUUCCUAGGAUCAUAAAAAAUCAUAAAUUGAGAAACAAGUGAAGUGAAACACUGUAAAAGCUUCUACCUUCAGGUGUGUGUAUGGGCCGUCAAAAUUGUGGUCGUAUGGAGCAUUUCCUUU